CGAGAGAUGGCGCGGCGGCUGCUGUGUUGUCAUUGCAAGGUGUCAGCUGUUGGCCUGAUGUCCCCGUCGCGGCAGCCUGCUCACCCUUUUACUCAUGUUGACUGAAUUACAAAAUUGUGACAGACACCCAGAGAGAUGAACAGUGGUCAUGGCCAUCAGUGUGGGAUGCUGACACCUGUGCACACCCGCAGGCUUUCAAAUGGGUGGUGUCAGAUGAAGGGGGGAGAUUGUGUAAACUGUGGGGUGAGCACGUCAGCCCUGCGUAGCGAGGUAGAGGUGCUCAAGAGGCGGCUGUUGGAUCGAGACGUGGCCAUAGUACAGCUGGAGACGCAGAUGGCACAGGAUAGGCCAGAUCAUUUCCCUCAGGGCCAGGUGGCUGUACUCAGGGCACAAUGUGACCAUUGGCAGGACAAAUAUGACAGACUUCUUGAAGCCCACAAAAGACUACAAAAGGUUAAUCAGGGCCUAGAGGACAAACUAUUACGUCUCGUUGACCGCACAGAGAGCGAGAAGUCUAGUUUGGCUGCAGACACAGCUAGCCUCACCACUGCACUAACAACAGCUGCUCAAGCAAUCAAUAGAUUAAAACAAGAAAAUGAUAGAUACAAGAACGACUUGAAUUUAGCCAUUCAACUUCUACAGUGUAAUCCAUCCAAAUAUGCAGCUCACAAGCUGGAUUCCCUUCCAUCAGACCUGCAAAAGAAGGCAAAGUCUCGCCUGGCCAAGGAGCCCAGAGAUACCCCCAAGCCAGAAAUGAAGGUUAUUAAAGUUCCUAUUCCUACCUUCCCCCCAACAGCAAUGGUCUACUCAGUUAAUAAAUAUGCAGAGGAGAAUGAGAAAGAGCAAGAGGUGGACUCUGUUUCAGCUGCCAUCAUGGCUGCUGUGUUGGAAGAGCGGCAGCGUGAAAGGGCCAGGCGCCACUGCUCGUCCUGCACCUGCGGCUCGCUCAAAACUGACACGGGUGAGAACAUCCUAGGUGAUAGCACUCACUUGGAGGACUUGCAGGAAAUCAAUGGUAAUGGAAAUAGCAGCAUCUUGCCGGAGGAGGGUAGUGAUAGGGAGGACCUUAAAAAGAACAGGCUUACUGGUUUCAAGGUCAGUGUGGUGGAUGUAGGGACUCAGAUGUUUCCUUCAUAUAUAGGGGAAACAGGUAAGGUACAGUCAACCUGUAUAUACUGCCAGUCAUCCAAAAAUGUGUCUCAAGAAAAGUUAUCAACACUUGAACACACAGUAGGGAAAAGCAAGGCAAUGAGCCUGAUGCAACACUCAAGAUCCAGAAGUCAACCAGUCAACCAAGUCAACUCUCCAUCUGAGGAAGAAAACUCACCUAGAAGUAUUCAUCCCUCUUCCCCAGACAGUGUAUUGAAGAGCCCGACCUUCAGGACACACUCAAGAAGUGCUUGGGACUGGGCUGCAGAAGGCCAUGACUCAGGGACUCCCUCCACCCCUUCAUCCCUAAUCAGUGCUUCCUUGAGUUAUGAAAGUGAGACAAGCAAUGUCUCUCCACAGGACUCCCCAGGUCGACUCUCCUUGGUUCCUUCAAGAUCACAGCAUGGGAAACCAAUGAAUGUGCAGAGUAGUGACAUCCAUAAAGCCUCAAGGCAAAAUGAUAAUGGGAAUAAUAUCCCACAUGUGUUAAAACAGCAAGGAUUGAAAGAUUUUGAGGCGGCCAUAUCACCUUAUCAUAGUUCUAGUUUAAAUACAACAGCAAAUGUAUCCAAUUCGACAACACAAUCUUCAGAUCCAACAACACAGGCCAAUAGUGCAGGCAGUUUUGUUUACAUGUCAAGAAGAACAUCUCAGUAUUUGGGCCAUACUCCCUCUCCCAUCCUGACUAACCACUGUAAUUCAGGUAGCAAACCAAACCCCUGCUACACACCUUCCUCUCCUGUCACCUACAAAGUCCCAUUCAAUGCUCGAUCACCACACCAGGAUGUAUUCACACCUCCAAUUCACAGAUCUCCUCCUCACCCUCGAGUUCCAAGGGAAAACACCAUACGCAGAGACUCCUCCACAGAUGUCGUUGCUUCCAGCAUGACAACAGCCUCCAGUACAGAAACUACAUUGUAACUGAUUGAUACUUGUGACAAAUACUUUACAUUUAUUUGAACUUGGACUACAAAAUAUAUUUUGAUAUUCUCCUGUACUUCUUACUACAUGUAGUAUCAUGAUAAAGGAAACUUCAGAGUAGUGAAUUGACCCAGCAUCUAACUGAUAAUUGACAGGUGUUCCCCCUGUAAUUCAUCACCCCUUUAAUUACUAUUUGAUUCUUACAUAACCAAAAUUUUGUGGCAAGCAGGAAGAACAUUUGCUGCAGUCUGUAAUACUAUUUGAGAUCAUUAAUGCAUAACAAGAAUAAACUCCUGAAAGUAAAUAGUCAUGCUCAUGCUCCCUGUGCUCAACGACAAAGUGUCAGGUGCAUGUGAUUAGGCUUAUGCUGAAGGAAUGGGCGGGAAUCGUCAACUCUCCUGUCAUACACUUCCUCCAAGUUAGUUCCAUGUGUAGGAGGACUUAUGCGUGCCAGAGAUUGUUGAGGGGAAACAGUCACUUAAUUUUCCGCAUUGUCUUCUAUAGAAUAGAUUGAGAGUUGUUUAUUUUUUCUUAGAUUCAUAAAGCAAAAAAAGAAGAAACAAACAAUACUCAGUCCAUUAUUUAACCCAUAUCUGCCUGGCUACGCCUAUAGCCAUCAUAAUAAACGAACUCAUCACAUCGGAUACAGUUAUAGGCAUCAUGCACUAGAGUGAAUUGAGCUGAAAGUUGAUGGGUUAAGAGUUAUUAUGUAGAAAAUCAGUGAUGCCCUCCAGUCCACUUCUAGCACUCUUAAUUCUCCCUCUUUGGAAAUUACAGUCAUCAAAUGGAAUUGGAGGAAAUGGAUGAAUAUAGAGAUGAUAAUCCUCUCAUCCACAGCCACAAAGAUCUAUUCAUUGCAGCCUGAUGCUUUGUCAUCAGUGAGGUGUAUAAUUGUAUUUACUAUCCUGGAGUUUGCUUUUGUAUGUAGGCUGUUGGGAUACAUACCUCUAGUCAACCAUGCUACAGUUGAACCCCUUUUGUAAUGUCUUCUUUUAGGACCUUGUGUAUCAAUAUUUGUUGUUUCUUUUUGUCCUCUUUUUGAGGAUCCUCUGUAAUUAUCCUUCAUUUACUUCUUUCCCCUUUUUUUCCUAUUUGUUGAUGUUAAUUUGUAAAUAGAAUAUCGAAAUUUGCAGUGUGGUGCUGGCAGUUUCCUGUUAUUUUAUAUAUUUCAUUAUAGGGGGCAUAUGAAUGUAAGAAAGUAAUAAAAACAUUAGGAAUAAAACAAAAAAGUUUGUGUCAGAGUAAAUGACAAGAAAUAGAUUAAUUUGUUUUAGGUACUCAUGAUACUUGAGCAGUGGAAGAGGUUAUUGGUUGGGGAUGGAGCAUUGGAGUGACAGUGAUUAAAAUUGCUUUAGUGGUUUGUGUUAAUGAAUUCCAUUUGUUGAUGAUAAUAGGUGAAGUUAAAGAAGUUUCAAAUUUAAAUGAAGCUGUCCUAUAAAGAAAGAUGUUUGGAAACACACAACCAUGCAUACAAAUUAGCACUUACCAAAACACUCACUCACUCACUCACUCUCUCACUCACUCUCUCACUCUCUCACUCACUCACUCUCUCACUCUCUCACUCUCUCACUCUCUCACUCUCUCUCUCUCUCUCUCU